UGCAGGAAUGGCAGAAGUGAGCAGAGCCUCGGUCCGGGUCGCGUGUUGCUCCUUCAGCCGGUUUGAACGUUGAAGGCGACGCAGGAUUCACCGCUUCAGCUGCAGCAGAAACUCUGAACCUCAUUGUGAGUCAUGACGACAGAGCAGAAAGAUGCGGACGCCACGCUGGACCCUCUGUUCAUCCAGGAGAGCGGGGAAGUGUACAGAAACCCCACCGAGGUACAGAUGAGUCAAAUCGUGCUGCCCUGCCACGCAAACCACUGCGGGGAGCUGAGCGUUGGACAGCUGCUGAAGUGGAUGGACUCCACGGCCUGCUUAUCUGCCGAGAGACACGCAGGCUGUUCGUGCAUCACUGCAUCGGUGGACGACAUCAAUUUUGAACACACCAUAGGGGUGGGGAAGGUGGUCAACAUUAUAGCAAAGGUCAACAGAGCCUUUACAUCCAGUAUGGAGGUGGGCAUAUUGGUGUCAUGUGAAGACCUCUACACUGAUCGACAGUGGAAGGUUUGCCACGCAUUCGCCACCUUUGUUGCAAGACGAACCGAAGCUGGGAAGGUACAGCUGAAGCAGGUGAUUCCUUACACACAAAUGGAGCAGAUGGAGUACAGCCUGGCAGCCGAGCGGAGGAGGAUGAGGCUCAUCCACGCUGAGAUUAUCACGGACCUACUGAGCAGCAGCACGGCUCAGCUGGGAGAAUGUCAGGAGUAUCAGGACGCUGUGCCAGCUGAGCGGACGCGAGUUGAGAGCGUGGAGCUGGUGCUGCCGCCUCACGCCAACCACCAGGUCAGCACGUUCGGAGGCCAGAUCAUGGCCUGGAUGGAGAAUGUGGCUACAAUCGCAGCGAGCCGCUUGUGUAACGCUCACCCGACCCUGAGGACCAUAGACAUGUUCCAUUUUCGAGGCCCGUCCCACAUCGGCGACCGCCUGGUGCUGAAAGCCAUCGUGAACAACGCCUUCAAGCACAGCAUGGAGGUGGGAGUGUGUGCUGAGGCCUACCAGGGUGGAGAGCCGCUGCGCCAUAUAAAUAGUGCCUUUAUGACCUUUGAGGUGCUGGACAGUGACAGGAAACCACGCACGCUGCCACGACUACGACCUGAGCCUGUGGAUGGACGAAGACGUUAUAAAGAAGCUAUCGCCAGAAAGAAGAUUCGACUUGACAGGAAAUACAUUAUCUCCUGCAAGCAAACUGAAGUGCCCUUGUCUGUACCCUGGGAUCCCAGUAACCAGAUGUACCUGAGCUACAACAAUGUAUCAGCACUGAAACUAAUGGAUACCAGGAACAACUGGGUAUUAACUUCUGAGAAAAAAAAGGUCAGACUGUACACGCUGGAGGAAAACCACAUGCUGUGUUUCAAGGUGGAGAUGUACGUCAGCGUCCCAGCAGAGCAGACGUUCCACCUACUGUCAGAUCUGAGGAGGAGAAAGGAGUGGGAUCGGCAUUAUGAGGAGUGUGAUCUGAUCAACCAGGCAGAUGAGGAUGACACCCUUUAUCGCGUUGCUACACCUUCUAUCAGUAAAGGAGGCAAAGGGCAGGACUUUAUCAUGCUGGCGUCUAGAAGGAAGCCGUGUGAUUCCAGAUCACCUACUACAACCAGGCCACUCCAGGCGUCCUCCCCUACAUCUCCACAGACAUCGCCGGACUCUCCUCCAGCUUCUACAGCGCUUUUUCUGCCUGCAGCCAAUUCCUGGAGGCCAACAAGGACAGCCUGGCUGCUCUGCCACCCUCUGCGCUGUGACACAACAGUGCUGCCACCUGCAAAGAGGAAACAUAGCAUCACCUCACCUUCUGCAUCUUGUGUUGUGGAGGAGGUGUGCACUUAAGGAACUGAAUGUAACCGCGCAACCCUGAGAUUACAGAGAGAAAUGGAUUUGUAGUUUCUGGAUUGCAGCAAGAUUUAACAGGUAUGAAGCAAGCACAAUGUUUCUGAGGCGCUCUUGGAUUUUAAGCCUCUUACGUUUUAUUAGAGCCGAUGUAUUACGGAGAAAACCUUCAGUGCAAUACUACUUUAUAGAGGAGUGGAUCAUGUUUUGAUACCUAGUUUUAAAUAUUUAACACAAUCUCAACUUCUAUCUUGACAUGUUUUUAAUGAUAAUGCCAGUAUUAAAAAAAAAAAGAGGAUAAAAUCACUUCAAGCAGAGAUGUUUGAAUCUUUUGUUAUAGUUUAUUUUGUAAGAAUGAAGUCUCAACUAUUUGAUUAAACUAUAAAAUAACAAGAGAGCUAACAUGUACAUGUAUAGUGUUUUAUUUUGAGCUGAUGAUGUAUAGUUUUGCAGAAAUUUACUUGAACUGAUUGUAUUGUAUGUGGACUUGAAAUGGCCAAGAAUCUCUCAUGAGAAGCCGUCUUGAUUUGACUGAAACAAUAAACACAAUAGACCAGUGGA